UAUACCGAUUUUUCCGUAUUUUUGCCCACCCCUAAUUAGGCAUAUUCAACACACCCUUAAUUUUUUUGUUCUUGGGUUCUAAUCUCUCAUCUCCGUCACCUCGCUUUGAACUGUCAUGGCUGCCCUAAUUCAUGUGCUCGUUAUCUCCCUGUUCUUCUACCUCCUUAGCCGAACUCCUAGUGGGGCUUUCGCUGGUAUUGAUUACGAGGAUGGCUACUCAGUCAGCACUCUCUUCGACGGAAACAAGCUCCAAGUCUACCCUCACUCCGUCCUCCCGCAGCCUGGAUCGUCCGAUCUCUUCCUCCUGGACUCCACCCACAGUACUGUGUACACUGUAUCAGUCCCCGAGUCUGGAGGGGUUUCUCUUGAGCGGCUGGCAGGAAAUGGAAUUAGUAAUUACUCUGAUGGUGAUCUGAGCUCCGCUAUGUUCUACAAGCCUAAAAGCUUUGCGGUUGAUGCCAGGGGAAACUUAUAUGUUGCUGAUGCUAAAAACAAGCAUGCUAUUAGAAAGAUUAGCAAAUCAGGUGUGACUACUAUAGCUGGAGGGGUUUCUGAUACCGCAGGCAAGAAAGAUGGUUCUGGAAAAGAAGCCACCUUUUCAGAUGAAUAUGAGCUAGUAUUUGUUCCUCAAAGAUGUGCUUUAAUAAUCUCCGACAUUGGAAAUAGAUUAGUCCGUCAAAUAAAACUCAGGGCAGAGGAUUGCUCCACCAAAUCACAAUCUGGAUUAGGAUCAACCAUCUCUUGGUUUCUGGGAGUGGGGCUUUCGUGCUUAUUUGGCUUGGUUGUUGGAUUUGUGCUUCGUCCUUUUGUCAUUCCACAUACAGGGAGGCAGCAGGCAUCUUGGGUACAAAGGGACAUGGAAGCAUUGCCUAAUGAAUCUGGGCAGACAAGUUCGGAUUCUCUGCUUCGAGCUCAAAAGCGCAGUUGUUAACUCAUCAUCUUACUCACUAAUAAAGCAGAUAUUAUGUCUUAGUUUCUCUCAUUUGUCUCUGAUGUUUAUUUCGCCUUUUACUUCUAGAAGAGUAGUAGAAACCUGGAAACCGUAUGGAAAAACAGUGUCUUUGUUAGAUUUGGAUUGCCAGAAUAGCAACGAACCAGCAGCAAAGUAUCCUAGAAUAAUAGAAGCGAAGGAUGCACCUUUGCUUGAUUUGGAUGGCAUGAGUGCUGCUAGUAAAAAAGCACAGCCAGAUCUGGUAGACAAUGAAAUGAAGGAUUUGAGUCACUUUGAUGAUGGGUUCCUCUUAUCAUACAAUUCCGGAACUGUUUUUCACAAAGAAAAUGAAGGUGCAAAAGAGUAUGGAAGAAAGGGGAAGAUAGAUAGUAUGAUAGAAGCUAAUCUCUCUGGCCUUGUAGAGAUGACAUCCACAACUUCUAGCACGGAGUGUCGUGACAGUAGCAUGGGCUUAUCAGUAGCCAGAAAAAGAACGAAGUAGUCUAGUCCUAUGGGUUGCUGCAGCUGAAUGUAAGUAUCAAGUAAUGUAUUAGUUAUUAGGUUUAUGGUAUGUACCUAAACCUAAUUAAUGCUAACUUUGGUUUAGCUCAUCUUCCUUGAGUUUCUCUACCACAUGAGGCUUGUCUCCGAUUCACCAUAGGACCCAAGCCCCCAGUAAUGCUGAUAAAUGGGUACUUAAAUGUAUCAAUUGAGAUGUGUUUAUCAUGGUGUGUGGUAGUUUGACAGAUGAGUUGGGACAUGAAUUUGAGAAACCAAACAUGCCGUAAGGUAGAAGUUUCUUCU